AUGGUUGUUCCCUGUGUUUAAGGUAUGAAUGAAGUGCUCUGGCAGGACUCCCUCCCCCAGCAGCAGUAUCAGCAGCCGCCACCACCGCAGGACAGUUUCGGUAACAGCGUCGCUCACAGCAUGCCCGUGGUGUUAACAGGACCCUCCGCUGCCGGCCCCCAGCAGCAGCAGCAACAGCACGCUGCCUCCCAGGCGCUGGCCACUGCCUCGGUCUCCACGCAAGGCCCCGGCUCGAUGGGGCCUCCAGUGCCAGUCGUGGUACCGGCACUUGCACUGGCUGCGGGCCGCUCGCAGGACGAUGCCAUGGUGGAUUAUUUCUUCCAGCGGCAGCCCGGGGAGCAUCUGGGAGGAGGAGGCAGCAGUGGAGUCGCUGGGGGUGGUGGCAGUGGAGGUGGUGGAGGAGGAGGUGGAGGCGGUGGUUACAAUGGGAAGCAUCGCUGGCCAACAGGAGACAGCAUUCAUGUUGAACAUCACCAGGUACGGUCAAUGGAUGAACUGAACCAUGACUUUCAAGCAUUGGCAUUAGAAGGGCGGAGUAUGGGAGAGCAGCUUCUGCCUGGUAAGAAGUUCUGGGAGUCUGAUGAUCCAAACAAGGAUGGACCUAAAGGGAUAUUUCUUGGGGAUCAGUGGCGGGACAGUGCAUGGGGAGCUUCAGAUCACUCUGUGUCACAGCCAAUCAUGGUGCAGAGACGUCCUGGUCAAGGUUUUCAUGGCAGUAACGAGGUCAACUCUGUCUUGUCUCCACGGUCUGAAAGUGGAGGUCUGGGUGUCAGCAUGGUAGAAUAUGUGCUGAGCUCUUCUCCUGGGGAAAAACUGGAGUCUUGCCUCAGAAAAGGACCAUUUGGUUCAGGAGAUGCUGAGACUCAUAAUGAAAAGGGAGACAAGAAAGGAAAAUCUUCGUUUGACGGGGAUAAGAUGGGAGACCUGAAGGAAGUGGAGGAUGAUGGGAUUGAUAAAACAAAUGGUCUGGUGGUACAAAACGGCAUUGAUGCUGAUGUUAAGGACUUCAGCCGUACCCCUGGCAGCUGCCAGACCUCCCCAAACGAAGUCGUGGAUCUUCUUGGACCCAACCAGAACAGUUCAGAAGGCCUUGGUCAGCUGGCCAACAGUAACAAUGUGAAACCUGCAGAAGAUUUCAACAAUGUGGAGUCACAGAGUGUGCCCUUGGAUUCUAUGGAACCUGUCGGGCUGGACUCGCUACAGUUUGAUUAUUCCAGUAGCCAGGUGCAAAUGGAUUCCGCAACAGCUGCUGUGAGUUUGUUUGACUACAGCUCUCAACAACAGCUAUUUCAGAGACAGAAUGCAUUGACAGUUCAGCAGCUGACAGCUGCACAACAGCAGCAGUACGCCCUUGCAGCAGCCCAGCAGCCACACAUAGGUAUGUUUUCAGCAGGGCUUGCUCCAGCAACUUUUGUUCCCAAUCCAUACAUCAUUAGUGCUGCUCCUCCAGGUACAGAUCCAUACACUGCCGGGCUUGCUGCAGCUGCAACUCUAGCAGGCCCGGCAGUGGUUCCACCUCAGUAUUAUGGUGUUCCAUGGGGUGUUUAUCCAGCAAAUCUCUUCCAGCAGCAAGCUGCAGCAGCAGCUGCUAACAACUCUGCAAACCAGCAGGCUGCGUCACAGGCACAGCAAGGGCAGCAACAGGUUCUGCGAGCUGGAGCCAAUCAGCGUCCUUUGACCCCAAAUCAAAGCCAGCAAGGACAACAAGCAGACAGCUUGGUAGCCGCUGCAGCUGUGAAUUCAGCCCUGGCUUUUAGCCAGGGAUUGGCCACUGGAAUGCCAGGUUAUCAAGUCCUAGCUCCAGCUGCUUACUAUGACCAGACUGGUGCCCUCGUUGUGAAUACUGGGGCUCGGAAUGGUCUAGGAGCUCCUGUAAGGCUCGUUGCCCCAGCACCUGUAAUCAUAAGUCCAUCUGCAGCACAGGCAGUUGCCGCCGCAGCAGCCUCCGCAAACGGUACAGCGAGUGGCCUCGCCGGGACAGCAAAUGGCUCCUUUCGCCCAAUGGGCAACCAACAGCCACAGCAACAGCCGCAGCAACAGCCUACCAAUAGUUUGGCCUCUAACUCCUUCUAUGGUAACAAUUCCCUGUCGAGCACUUCACAAAGCAACUCACUGUUCUCUCAGGGGUCUGGCCAGCCAGGCAGCACUUCCCUGGGCUUUGGAAGCACUAGUUCACUUGGGGCUACACUUGGAUCUGCGCUUGGCGGAUUUGGAUCAGCAGUUGGAAGCUCCAACACCAGCAGUGGCUCACGAAGAGACUCCCUUACUGGUAGCUCUGAUCUGUACAAGCGAACGACCAGCAGCCUUGCUCCCAUUGGCCACAACUUUUACAAUGGGUUAGGAUUCUCUUCAUCUCCUGGCCCAGUAGGGAUGCCUCUUCCGAACCAGGGUCCCAGCCACUCGCUAACACCACCACCAUCAUUAUCAUCCCAUGGAUCAUCAUCGAGCCUUAACCUGGGCGGGCUGACCAAUGGAAGUGGAAGAUUUAUUUCUGCUGCCCCGGGUGCUGAAGCCAAGUACCGAAGUGUCAACAGUGCCUCCAGUCUGUUUAGCUCCAGCAGUCAGUUGUUUCCACCAUCCCGCCUGCGGUAUAGCAUGUCUGAUGUGAUGCCAUCCGGGCGCAGCAGAUUACUGGAAGACUUCCGUAAUAACCGCUACCCAAACCUUCAACUGCGUGAAAUAGCGGGCCACAUCAUGGAAUUCUCUCAGGAUCAACACGGUUCAAGAUUUAUUCAACUUAAAUUGGAACGGGCCACUCCUGCUGAAAGACAGCUGGUUUUUAAUGAAAUACUACAGGCAGCUUAUCAACUGAUGGUCGAUGUUUUUGGAAACUAUGUAAUUCAGAAAUUCUUUGAGUUUGGAAGCUUGGAUCAGAAGCUGGCGUUAGCUCAACGUAUUCGUGGACAUGUUCUAUCUUUGGCGCUGCAGAUGUACGGCUGUCGUGUGAUACAGAAAGCUCUAGAAUCUAUUCCCCCAGACCAGCAGAUCAUUAAUGAAAUGGUGAAGGAACUUGAUGGACAUGUCCUAAAAUGUGUCAAGGAUCAGAAUGGGAACCAUGUGGUACAGAAAUGUAUUGAAUGUGUACAGCCACAAUCCUUACAGUUCAUCAUUGAUGCUUUCCAAGGACAGGUUUUUGCCCUCUCGACCCAUCCCUAUGGCUGCCGUGUUAUCCAGCGGAUCUUAGAGCAUUGCAUGCCUGAGCAGACCCUGCCUAUUCUGGAGGAGCUUCAUCAACAUACAGAACAGUUAGUUCAGGAUCAGUAUGGGAAUUAUGUCAUUCAACAUGUCCUGGAACAUGGCCGCCCUGAAGACAAGAGCAAGAUUGUGUCUGAAAUCAGAGGAAAUGUCUUGGCUCUGAGCCAGCACAAGUUUGCCAGCAAUGUUGUUGAGAAGUGUGUGACCCAUGCCUCUCGUGCUGAGCGAGCUCUGCUGAUUGAUGAAGUGUGCAGUAUUAACGAUGGUCCUCACAGUGCCUUAUACACUAUGAUGAAGGAUCAGUAUGCAAACUAUGUGGUACAGAAGAUGAUUGAUGUGGCAGAGCCAGCCCAACGCAAGAUUGUGAUGCACAAGAUCAGACCUCACAUUGCAACCCUUCGCAAGUACACCUAUGGAAAGCACAUCUUGGCCAAACUUGAAAAAUAUUACAUGAAGAACGGAGUGGACCUGGGCCCAAUUGGUGGGCCACCGAAUGGAAUGCUGUAAAUGUGAAUUUCAUGAAGCAGAAUAACUCCUUCUCCCACCUUUCCUUUUUUGGGGGACUAAACAUGAUUGACUGAUGUAACAACCAGCAGCCUAAUCCUCUAUCCCUGCAGGCUCUUAACUACAAAAAAACACCUUGGUUUUAGGUUGCCAUAACAUGCUAGCAAAAGCAAACCAAUUUAGUAUCUUCAUUGAAAGCAUUUAUAAAUUUUAUUUUAAGCCUGUUAUGUAUGUAUAUAUAUAUAUGAUGCUUAGCAAUUCCCAAAGUCCUAUUUUUUUCCAGGAGAUGUUCACACUCUUUUUUUGGUUAAUUUUUUUAGAAUUGAUCACUGCCCUGCUUUUCUACUGUGUCUCAGUGAUGUAUAGAUAUAGUUGUACAUAAGGUUUAAGAUAAAAAAAAAGUACGUGUUACACCAAAAUUGUGAUAUUUUUGUCACCCCCCCCUUAAAUGUACAAAAAGUAGAAAAGUUCAGGGUGUUUUUGGUGAAAUCUGGCUUGUUACAUGCAGAUUCAGUUCUAAUGUACUCCUGCUGUGACAGUAAGAUAUGCAAGAAAUUGAAAUCUACUUGUAAUUAUCUUUUUCAUUAUGGACAUGAGCUUUUCUUGGCAAUUAUUUGGCAGAUUUAUAUUUAAAUCAGUUACACAGGUUUUCAAACAUAUAACAAGUAACUUUAAAAUGGAAGUUAUUUUGUAAAAAAAAUAAAUUAAUUAAACAGGCACUUUGAGUGUCUUUUUUUUUUCAUGAUUUCCCUUAACCCCCGUAGGUGUUUUUAAAUUUGAAUACCUGCUCUGUUUUUAUGAUUUGCAUGAGUGCCCCUGCCUCCUAGCUUCCCUGCCUUCUGACCUUUUGAAUUCCAGAUGUGCUGUUUGGUUUUCUUUCAUGUUGAACUCAACUGUGGAAUAGAAUUUCUCUUUUUUGUGCACCUGUGCAGAGCUUUUGUGCACUCAGGUGUGCGGCUUGCCUUCUAUUCCCUCAACAGGUAGGCAUAUAGAUUAAAACAAAACUUUUUUUUAAGAAAAUGCAAACACGCCAAGGUGGCUGCAUUGUUUGCAGAUGUUCAGCAUGAGGAAGACAACAAAACAAAAUGAAAUCCAACCAAACGUUUGGUCUUGCUUAUAAAUAUGUAGUGUAUAAUUGUUGUAGACUUUGCAUAUAUAUUUGUAGUUUUUUUCCUUUUUUGGCAAAUUGAUGUCUAUCUGUAUCUAAAAUGUACCCUAGUAGUGGAGCAUAAUUUGACUGUACAAUUGUACAUUUGUAAACCUCUAUAAUGUAAAUGUGGAAAGUUUGAACCAACUUUAACCCUUUGAAAAACAAAAAUAAGACAAAAUGUGCAUUUCAGUGUAUAUUCACAUUUUUUCCUUUUGUCGUUAGCAUAUAGUAUUGUACAAUGUAAAUUUCAAUCAGAAGUAAAUUUUUGAAGGAAAAUGUUCUAUCUUUAUACAGCUUAGGGAAUGUAAAACACUUGCUUUCUUUUUAACCUGUCACUCGAUGGAACAGUAGUCUCUCUCCUUUAUAAAUGUUGUGGAAAAUUAAUAUUCUGUUCACAUAGAACUUUUACAAAUAUUGUAAUUUUUUUUGUUGUGACAGUAGAACAAAUUGUGCAUAGCAACAGAAUCCCUAGUUACCAUGGAAAUGAAACUUCCUGUUCAUCUUGUAAAGUGUGGACUACCCUUUUUGUACAGAAGAUACCUGUAUUUUGCAUUUUUUGUCUACUUGUAAGUGAAUGUAUGAUACUGUCAAUUUUCUUGGUUUGAAUAUAGAAAUGUAACACUACAUUCAUGAUGUACAUUUACAGAAAGCCUUGUGUAUAUUUCCAGAAGAACUUUUGCAAGUACACCUGUAACCAUAUGUGUAUAAUUAACAAACCUGUGUAUGCUUGGCCUCUGCAAAUAUUUUUUGUAACUUUUUUCUUGUGUAGAUUGUCUCUAAAAACAAUGCGUGCUCUUUAUUUUGGAAAAAAAAACAGUACUUUAAAAUCUGUACUCGUGUUUUAAAAAAGACUCUGGGUGGUUUGGUUAGACAUUUUUGGAAAACAUCAUUAAAAGAGCUAGUAAUUCAA